AUGGCGGUGCUGCGGUCGAGAGGAGCCACGUCUCGAUUGCAGGCUUCCUCACGCUGCUGGAGCAACGUGGAUGGAUGCACAUGGAUGAAGAGCAACUUCCACAUCUUAAACAACAGGGCCAUCUCGCAUCUUCAACAAGCGUGCGACGACGUCACGCAUCGUCACGUCACUCUGACCGUGGAAUUCCCAAGCAAGCUUUACAGUCACGUGACUCAGCUAAAGGCGAAGUCCCACGUCGUCUUUAUUCUGCGAACUCUGAAGAACGUGAUGCGGCUCUAUGAGAAGUCUGAGAACGCGGACUGCGACCAGCAGAAGCUGCAGACAUUCAUCCUCGACCUCCACCGUCAGAUCACGGAGCUCGAGAGUUGUGCUACAAAAGUCGUCAUCACUGAAGCGAACAAGAAGAUAAUGAAGAAGAUGGAAAUGCACUUUAAAAGUCUGAUUUCCCACCUAAAGAACACGGAUUACAGCGCGGCAGGCUGGAAGGACGUCGCUGGACUGGUGCUGCAGCACCUCUACAGACUGGACCUGCUGGCCAUCAGCACUAAACUCGACCCCAGCCUUUAA